AUGCCAGUGGCGAAACCACAAUCUUCUGAUGCCAGAAUCAUCGGUCACGUCGACAUGGACUGCUUCUACGUUCAAGUGGAGCAGAGAAAGCAACCGCAUUUAAGGGGUUUACCUUCUGCUAUGGUGCAGUUCAAUGAGUGGAAAGAUGGGGCCCUGAUAGCUGUUAGCUUUGAGGCCCGGAAAUAUGGUGUAAAAAAUGCAUUAGAUUCAAAUAUCUUGUGCUUGAUUUUCCGUUCAAUGAGAGGUGUUGAGGCAGAGGAAGUUUGUCCGCAAAUUGAGCUAGUCCAAGUCCCUGUAGCCCACGGUAAAGCUGAUCUGAUUACAUAUCGGAAUGCAUUGUGGUCUUUUCUUUCAAGGAACGGUCGUUGUGAGAGGGCUUCUAUUGAUAAAGUGUAUCUCGAUCUUAUUGAUGCUGCAUAA